AUCGGCAAUGUUGGAGCAGAAGAAAUCAUAUGAUAGAUUGUUGAAGUUGGCCUUUGAUGAAAAGGGAGAUAAUGAAAAGCUUCACAAUAAAAUCAUCGAGCUUCAAAAGAAGAUUGAUGAUAAGGAACUAGAGAUCAACCAAUUGAAGGGAGCCAUGGAUGCAAUGAAAAAAGACUCGACUGAUGAGAAUGUCGAAGAAGAUUGUUUCAUUUCAAAAAGAUCUGAUGGAAAAAAGAAAAGGAAAGGAGGUUGAAGAUGACUACAACAAGGUGGAUGAUGAGUUAGAGUUUAGAGACCCUGAAAUUGUGUGUUUAUUGAUGAUGGUUUUUUGUGGCUUCAUUUGGACCCUAUAUUGAUGUGUUUUUGUAUAAAGGAUCUACUUAGGUUGUUAUUGAAGAUAUUCUGUAUCGAACAAUGAUCACUCAUAUUAAGAACA